AGAUGCUCAAGUUGAUGCCACCCCACGCACGUGAGGCUGGGAUCAGGGGUGGCACUGACCCGGCUGGGGAGCCCACUCCCGAGGUACGACCCAGGGAUGUGCACAGCCACAUUCCAAAGACGCACGGGAUGAGAUCAGCCCGGGUGACCCUGGGACUUUGCCCUCCUCGGCAGGAGCCGGUCCUAUGCACCCUGUGUGCCUGUCCAUCUGGAAGGCCCAGCAUGAGAGGCCCAGCCAUCCUCCUCACUGUGGCUCUGGCCGCGCUCCUGGCUCCCGGGGCCGGGGCACCGGUACAAAGUCAGGGCUCCCGGAACAAGCUGCUUCUGGUGUCCUUCGACGGCUUCCGCUGGAACUAUGACCAGGACGUGGACACCCCCAACCUGGAUGCCAUGGCCCGAGACGGGGUGAAGGCACGCUACAUGACCCCCGCCUUUGUCACCAUGACCAGCCCCUGCCACUUCACCCUGGUCACCGGCAAAUAUAUCGAGAACCACGGGGUGGUUCACAACAUGUACUACAACACCACCAGCAAGGUGAAGCUGCCCUACCAUGCCACGCUGGGCAUCCAGAGGUGGUGGGACAAUGGCAGCGUGCCCAUCUGGAUCACGGCCCAGAGGCAGGGUCUGAGGGCUGGCUCCUUCUUCUACCCGGGCGGGAACGUCACCUACCAAGGGGUGGCCGUGACGCGGAGCCGGAAGGAAGGCAUCGCGCACAACUACAAAAAUGAGACGGAGUGGAGAGCGAACAUCGACACGGUGAUGGCGUGGUUCACGGAGGAGGACCUGGAUCUGGUCACACUCUACUUCGGGGAGCCAGACUCCACGGGCCACAAGUACGGCCCCGAGUCCCCGGAGAGGAGGGAGAUGGUGCGGCAGGUGGAUCGGACCGUGGGCUACCUGCGGGAAAGCAUUGCUCGCAACCACCUCACAGACCACCUCAACCUGAUCAUCACAUCCGACCACGGCAUGACGACCGUGGACAAGCAGGCUGGCGACCUGGUCGAAUUCCACAAGUUCCCCAACUUCACCUUCCAGGACAUCAAGUUUGAGCUCCUGGACUACGGACCAAACGGGAUGCUGCUCCCUAAAGAAGGGAGGCUGGAGAAGGUGUACAAUGCGCUCAAGGAUGCCCACCCCAAGCUCCACGUCUACAAGAAGGAGGAGUUCCCCGAGGCCUUCCAUUACGCCAACAACCCCAGAGUCACACCCCUGCUGAUGUACAGCGACCUUGGCUACGUCAUCCACGGGAGAGUUAACGUCCAGUUCAACAAUGGGGAGCACGGCUUUGACAACAAAGACAUGGACAUGAAGACCAUCUUCCGCGCUGUGGGCCCCAGCUUCAAGGCGGGCCUGGAGGUGGAGCCCUUUGAGAGCGUCCACGUGUACGAGCUCAUGUGCCGGCUGCUGGGCAUUGUGCCCGAGGCCAACGAUGGGGACCCGGCUACCCUGCUGCCUAUGCUGCACACAGAGUCUGCUCUUCCGCCUGACGGAAGGCCUGCUCUCCCGCUCAACGGAAAGUCUGCUGUCCUGCCCAGCAGUUGGGCCCUCGUUGUGAUGGGACUGCUGGGGACCAUGAUUCUUCUGUCUGAGGUCGCAUAACGCCCCAUGGCUCAAGGAAGCCUCCGGGAGCUGCCCGUAGGCCCCGGGCCGGCUGUCUCGCUGUGAUGCUCUGCUGGUGGCGGACGGACCCUGCCUCCCCAGCUUAUCCCAGGCCAGAGGCUGCAUGCCACUGUCCCCGGCAGCACCAGCCCCUGCUUGGCUGUUAUGGCGCUGGUAAUAAGCCCCGCAGCCCAGGUCCAGGACCUCCGGCGCGCAGGUCCCAUAACCGGCCCCCGGCCCCUGCCCCUCCCACUCGGGCCCCUCCUCCUGCAAACCCCGCUCCCGAAGCGGUGCUGCCGUCUGCGGCCACGCGGGGGCACGCGGGAGCUCUGCGGGCGCGGGGACCUGCAGACCCGGCCUCGGUCACCUGGGAGGGGCCCGCCCCGGCACAAAGCACCUGUGGGAAUAAAGGCCAAGCCGCGACAGUCAGCA